GCCGCCAAGCUCCAAGCUCGCAACGCGCCAAGCCAGGCCAUGGCGGCGACCACAGUCUGCUGCAGCCGGGCUGGGGACCACCACCGAGCACCAGUCCGCGUCCCCGCCUCCAAGAGAAGCCCCCGGCCGUCGCGGACGUCCAGGACCUCGCCGAAGAGUUCACCCCUGCCAGAGAUGCGCGCGGCGAUGCUGCUGCUCCUGAUGGCGGCCGCGCGCUGCCACGCCACGCUGCUGGUGGCGGACACGUACGCCGGGAGGCUGAUGGAGCUGCGCGGCGACACGCCCACCUGCACGCUGUUCGACGACCGCGAGGCCGUGCGCUUCAAGCUGUCGUCGGCGGACCCGCGGCGCGUGCGGCCCAGCUCGCCCGAGCAGUUCGACGCCCUGGUGCGCGCUUGCAACGAGCGGCGCGGCCCCGGCGGCCAGGCCGGCGACGGCCACCGCCAGACCGGCUUCAUCUACCCAGGGACCAAGUGGUGCGGCCCGGGCAACACCGCCCUCCACUACGACGACCUCGGCUACCACCGCGCCGAGGACGCCUGCUGCCGCGAGCACGACCACUGCCCCGCCGUGCUGGAGGCGGGCCAGUGCCUGCAGGGGCUGUGCAACAACGCCCUCUACACCAAGUCCCACUGCGACUGCGACGCGCGCUUCCGGCGCUGCCUCGGCGCCAUCGGCUCGGAGACGGCCAACCUCAUCGGCUCCAUCUUCUUCAACGUGGUGCAGGUGUCCUGCUUCAAGGAGAAGCGGCCCUGCUACCCGGAGGACGUGGACGACCGGGGCCGCUGCCGCAUGCGCUUCCACGCCCAGGCCAGGUACGAGGAGUUCGGCGGCUACUCGGCGGGCUCCUCCGGGAUCGUCUCCAACCUGCUCAGCUCCUUCCUGCCCUUCCGCAAACGCUGAGACCUCAAGGCUCGAUGAGUCAUCCCCCAACCCCUUCCCGAACCUGUUUUACAACACCUUAGGAUUAGGAUUAGAACGACGUUCUUGUCGAUUGUUUCGAACCCGGUGAGAAUUUAUGACUUGGCUCUGUCAAUGGUCCUAAACCCAUUUGGAAACCAUGUGCGCAACCAGUAAUCUCUCAGUGGAUAGAUUUGUGAUACUAGUUUUUUGUUUUUAAUUUAUGAUUUUACUUUAAAAGUUCUGUGAUAGACAUGUGUUUUUGUGUAAUCAAGUAUAACUUGCCCAAAAUUUUAGUCAUUGUAAGGACUUUUUCGUUUUUGGUGAAAGCAUCACUUCUUGUACACUCCCACCUCAAUUACUUGUAGGUGUGAAACAAAAUUACCUGAAAUGUACAAAUUUCAUCAUAGUUAUAAGUUACCAUAGUGAUGGAUUGAAAUAAACCAAGAGACAAUUUCGGUG